UCAAACUUACAAAACUUGCGAACUACAGACUAGAAAAAUGUGAAUUUGUGUCCUAUUGUGAAAAUAUUUACACUUUACAGUGUGUAAAAAGUAACUCUAAGAGAUAGAUUGUUACUUGAAGAGUGAUAAAUAUAAUAAAAAACAAGUAAGUUAAAAUUUCAAGCAUGUCAGACCGCAAGGCAGAGCUGGAGCGCAAGAAAGCAAAAUUACAAGCUCUUAGGGACGAGAAGGACAGACGUAGACGAGAGAAAGAGCAAAAAGAUGCUGAUGAAGCACUGCAACGCGCAUCCACCGCGUCCAGCUUGGACAGCCGACGCGACCUUGACGAGAUGCUGUCCUCGCUUGGCGUAGCGCCAGUCAAGGAUGUAUUGUCGUCGCUAUCGUCGAUGACAUCGCUCACGCCUCCGCAGACAGCGUCGCCCGACGCCAGUCUGCCGCACACAGACAAAUCCAGCCUACCUCCACAUGGAGGCUCAAAGAAACAUCAACAAUUGCAAGUGGUUUCUGUGCAAUCCACCGACAUUCCGCCGAAAGAAAACGUCACAUACGCCAAGCAGACUCAAACAACCACUUCGGGAGUUACUGAACUGCGCGAUGGCUGCUCUUCCAAUGCAUCACCGCUUGCAGGAUACAUGGAGGACUGGUGGCGGCCGCGCAAAGCACACGCCACUGACUACUACGACGAGUACAAUCUAAACCCGGGUUUAGAGUGGGAGGACGAGUUUACAGGCGAGGACGAAGAAGCCGCGUUCCACGGUAAACUGCCGCCGGGCAUCCUCCCGCAUGGCCUGCCGACCGUCAAGGAGGUGCAGCCGGCCGUCACUGCGGCGCCGCAGGAGAAGAAAGAGGAAGAGAAGGAGAAGAAGAUCCGGGAGCUGAGCAAUGACGAGAAGCAGACGAUAUUGCUGUCGUCCGAGUUCCAGAAGUUCAUGAGUCGCGCCGGCCGCGUCAUCGAGCGAGCGCUUGCGGAAUCCGUUGACAUCUACACAGACUACACUGGAGGCGGUGAUAAUGAGAAUGCUCAGGACGACAAGUCGGACGCGCGUCUGUCGCUGGUACGCACAUUCUACGACGAGCGCUGGUCGCGCGGCCGCUGUGUCACGUGCCUCGACUGGUCCACCGCGCACCCCGAGCUGAUGCUGGCCGCCUACCACAACAGCGACGACGCGCCGCACGACCCGGACGGAGUUUGCCUCGUGUGGAACACCAAGUUUAAGAAAUCCACGCCCGAAGACAUAUUCCAUUGUCAGUCGCCAGUUAUGAGUGCUACUUUCGCCAGGUUCCAUCCGAAUCUCAUCCUGGGCGGUACAUACUCGGGCCAGAUCGUACUGUGGGACAAUCGCGUCCAAAAACGUACGCCAAUUCAACGCACACCGCUCUCUUCCCUGGCGCAUACCCACCCAGUGUACUGCCUAUCCGUGGUAGGCAGCCAGAACGCGCACAACUUGAUCUCCGUGUCCACCGACGGUCGCAUGUGCUCCUGGUCGUUGGACAUGCUGUCCCAGCCGCAGGAGACGUUGGACCUGCACCACCGCCAGAACAAAGCCGUCGCCGUCACGUGCAUGGCGUUCCCGCACGCGGACGUCAACAACUUCGUGCUGGGGAGCGAGGAUGGCAACAUCUAUACGGGCUGCCGGCACGGGCAGCGCGCCGGCGUGGCGGACAGCGUGGAGGCGCACGCGGGCCCGGUCACGGCCGUGGCGUGCCACGCCGCGCCCGCCGCGCUCGACCUGUCGCACCUCUACCUGUCCGCCUCCGUGGACUGGAGCGUCAAGCUGUGGAGCCUCAAGGAGAACAAGGCGCUGUACUCGUUCGAGGACAGCGGCGACUACGUGGCGGACGUGCGCUGGUCGCCCGCGCACCCCGCGCUGUUCGCGGCCGUGGACGCGGCGGGCCGGCUCGACCUGUGGAACCUCAACCGUGACACUGAGGUGCCGAUCGCCUCAGUGAUGUCAGAAGGAGGAGUGGCCUUCAACAGGGUGUCGUGGAGCCCGAGCGGGGGCCACGUCACGGCCGGGGACGACUCUGGCAAGAUCUGGGUCUACGAGCUCGCUGAGAGCGUGGCCCAGCCGCGCCACGACGAGUGGAGCAAGCUGGUGUACACGCUUCAGGAGCUGCGCAACAACCAGGCCGACGAGGAGACCGACCGCCUCAGCCUCGCCACCUCGCUCACCAGCCUCAGCUCGCUGGCCAGCAACCCGCUGAGAUAACUGCUGCACUGGGAUAUACGCUGCACUUGGAAGUUGUAAUUUAGAAAGGCAGAGCAAGACAUGACCGAAGUAUUGGUGCGGGAAUGAUAAAAUCCUAUUUAAAUAUUAAACCUUAAUUCUCGAUCAUAGCAUAAAGGUAGCUUGUCGGAAAAACACCUACGUUUUUUUAAGUCUGGUAGUAGUGUUCCGGUGCGUUUCGUGUAUAAACCGACCUGACUACCAUACUCCCUAACAAGUUUGCUCGCUACCAUCUUAGACUGCAUCAUCACUUACCACCAGAUGAGAUUGCAGUCAAGGGCUAACUUGUAGUGGAAAAAAAAAUUAAAAAGUUUCAGUUUCGUUAAAAUAUGUCAACCAAAGUUUUAAGUGUGCUCCACAGAUAAUAAAAUAUAUGGUUAAGGCUUCACAGUUUUCUCCUUUGUAUAUUUAAAAUAUCUAUCAAUUUAUAAUCGAUUAAUAGUAUAUUUAUUUGGAAAAGUGUGAGAUUGAGAUGUUAAUAUCUUGAUUUACAUGUAUAUGUUGCCAAUACUGAUGGACUGUAAUUGCGGGCAUAGGCAUAAAGAAUUUAAAUGCCUACCGUACCGGCAAGAUUCAUUUCGUUCAUUUCGAAUUUUAUUACCACUUUUGCAAGUAUUUCGUUCGUUUUUCAUUUAAUUGUAAAGGAAAAUUGGAUUGUUUAUUAAUUAAAACAUUUACAACCCUACUAAAGUCGUGAAAAUAAUUGCGCCUUAAUGAGCGGUGUUAAGGUGCAAUUUAGCUUAAUAGAUGGUUAGGUAUAUAAUACAUCUAAAUACAGUAGGUACGACUAUAAUAAAAAUGUUUUCCCGCGGAUUUGUCAAUAAUCAAUGGAUACUUUAAAACUUAAGUAUGCCCGGGAAUGCAUGCAUAUUGUGUAACUACCACACUGUAUAAUAUUUAUUUAUUACCGUUCACUCCAUCAAAAAAUACAUGCAAUAAUUCUAUGGUCUAAAAACAGCACAAAUUCAUUGUUUUAUAACCAAACUAAGUAACUGUAGUUAAAAAAAUUAACGAGAUAUAGAAUAAAAUUACUUAUGAUUUUCUAAAAUGAUAAAAUAUUCGUUAGAGCAGCCCUUCUAGUGUUAAGUUCUUUAUUAAAGUUCAAAAAUUGCAGAACCGCCGGGUCUCUCCAAAUCGCAUGGUGUAUUUAAAUAAAGGGUUUUUAAUAUUAUAUGACAGAGUAAGCCUACCAUCGGUCCGCCAUUUUUUCAACAAUAUCUGCUGCGCAUUUUACCACCGCUCAGCUGCUGUAUAUAUUUGUAUUGAUGCUAGCUGGCAUCAAUACAAAUAAUUAUUAUACAUAAGAUAAAAUGCUCAAAAGCAUCAGGUUUUCCAUCUAUCUUAAGUUUUACUGGUGUUUUUCAGUGAAGUGACUUGAUAGUAUAUACAUAUCGAUGUUUCAGAAUCGGUUGGCAAGAGAGCUUAGCUGACUUGGCUGUGCACUCAAUACAAUUGAUAUUAUAUUUUAUCCAACUGUUAAACCUUGAUAACUUUACUAUUGCCGGACUAGAAGUAACUGCACGGUACGUGCUUGCAUUUAGUAUCACGCCGGUUCCGCAAUUUUUAUGUUUAUUUAAACUUUUGUAUUAGGUUCUACUAUCAAGAUGUAAUUAUUGUUAUAAACAAAUACGCGUUACUCAUAUAAACUAAGUAUUAUAGUGAAAUUAUAUUUAUUAAAACACCCUAACUCGCUAUGACAUUCAAAACUAAAUUACAAUUUAUGGCGCAAAACUUUACAGUUGUAUGCAGUUGUGUUUAUGUACAAAGAGUAGUGUCAUAAUUUAAAUAUCAUACAUAAUCAGGUACCUACCGGCAUUGCCACCACUUCAUACCACCAUCAUGUUUGACGUCACAAAGUGUUUGACCUAGCAAGUAAGGCCCAGUGCCAUGUGCUUAGCACAUUACAGUAAUAAAUUAACCAAUAACAGAACAUAGUUUUUUAUGUUCUGUUAUUGUUUAUGUUAUAUGCGCGCAAUGUUUUGAAUGUCAUAGCAACAAAACUAUUGUGACUAAGUUGGAAUAUUAAUAAACAUAUUGCUUAUAA